GCAGUGUUUGGUAAAAGAGGAAGUCAUAAAUACUCGGGUUCGUGUAGCUUCAAUCUACCAUGUGACGUUAAAGACAAUUCGUUUUAUGCAACUGUGGUUUUCAAACGUCCAGCUUCUGUACAAAUGGAUCAGCCUUUCGGGAUUGUAAAGAAGGAGCUAGAGAAUCGGUUUUAUAUGUUUAAGAACAACGACAGAAUUUCGGAGGGGAAUAUAGAUGUUCCGUUCACUGCCACACACAGAGGUUCAAUUAAUUAUGAUUGUGAUGUCAUUUGGUACGAUUGCGUUGAUUCUGUAACACCUACAACACAGACCAAUAUUGAUAGUAUGCGCUCUACUACAAUUGUGUCUCCAGAUGGUUCGGACAAACAUGUACAAAACGUUGCAACAGCUGAUAUUGUUUCGUCAACAAAGAAAGCAAAAAGACCUUUAUCAUCAAAUGCACCUUUGACAAUGCCUCCUGCACUAGAUAGAUCAACUAAGAAACCAUAUGGAACCACAAAGACAAAAGACACCUCAAUGCAUAUUAGUGCUUCGACUAAGCAAUUUCCACCUAAGCCAACCUCAAAAACAACUAAUUUACCUACAAGAUCUUAUACAGAUAUAAAAGUACCUUCCGAAGGAAAACAUGAAGGGAUAAAAUCAACGACAGAACCCGCAGAAGAAUUAAACAAUCCAAAUGACUCGAACCAAGACUUCGAUUCUCUUGUAGAAACACUAAAAUUAGCUUCAGUAAACAUCCCAAUAAUGGAGUCAUCGUCAUCAAAUAAUCCAAUUCAACCAACAAAAAAUUCUUUAACGACUAAAUCUGAAUCCGCCACGAAAGCGAUGACGCCUUUGUCAACUGAGACGGCGACAAAGUCUUCUCCAACUCCAAAACCAACAGAAAUCCCACCAAUGAAGCCUUCGGAAACAAAUAUUCCAAUUAAACCAACAACAAAAAUCUCUUUACCGACUAAAUCUGAAUCCGCCACGAAAGCGAUGACGCCUUUGUCAACUGAGACGGCAACAAAGUCUUCUGAAACACCGAAACCAACAGACAUCCCACCAAUGAAGCCUUCGGAAACAAAUAUUCAAAUUAAACAAACAACAAAAAUUUCUUUACCAACUGCAACUAAAUCUGAAUCCGCCACGAAAGCGAUGAAGCCCAUGUCAACUGAGACGGCGAUAAAGUCUUCUCCAUCAUCAAAGCCAACAGAAAUCCCACCAAUGAAGCCUUCGAAAAUAAAUAUUCCAAAUAAACUCGCAACAAAAAUCUCUUUACCAACUCAAUCUAAAUCUGCCACGAAAGCAAUGACGCCAAUGUCAACUGAGACGGCGACAAAGUCUUCUCCAACUCCAAAACCAACAGAAAUCCCACCAAUGAAGCCUUCGAAAACAAAUAUUCCAAAUAAACUCACAACAAAAAUAUCUUUACCAACUAAAUCUAAAUCAGCCACAACAGCAAUGACGCCUUUGUUAAUUGAGACGGCGACAAAGUCUUCUCUAACACCAAAGCCUACAGACACCCCACCAAUGAAGCCUUUGUCAACAAAAAUUCCAAUUAAACCCACAACAAAAAUGUCUUUACCAACUACUUCUGAAUCCGCUACGAAAGCAAUGACGCCUAUGUCAACUGCGCAGCUGACGAAGUCUCCUUCAACAUUAAAGCCAAAUAAAUCGACAAAGUCCUCUAAUUUGAAGAAAUCAACCACUUCAAAGUUUACUAUUUCACCAACAAAGCUAUUAACAACUACGCCAACCUCAGAAACAACUACUUUACCAACAAGAUCUUCCACAAAUAUUAGUAAAGUACCUUCCAAAGGAAUAGAUGAAUGGAUGAAAUCAAAGACAGAAGCCAUCGAAGGAUUAAACAAUCCAAAUGAGUCCAACCAAGACUCCGAUGCUUUUGUAAAUACGCAAUUAUCAGCUUCAUCAAACAACCAAACAAUGAAGUCCUCGUCAGCAAAUAAUCUAUUUAAACCAUCAACAACAAAAAUAUCUUUACAAACUAAAUCUGAAAUCGUCACAAACGCAAUGACACCUUUGACAACUGAGACGGCGACAAAGGAUUCUGCAACACCAAAGCCAACAAACGCCCCACCCAUGAAGCCUUUGACAACAAAUAUUCCGAUUAAAACCACAACAACGAAUGCGAUGACGCCUUCGUCAAAUAAGUCGCUGACAAAGUCUUCUUCAACAUUAAAGCCGUAUACAUCUACAAAAGACUCUAAAUUGAAGAUAUCAGUUACCUCAAGACCUACGAUUUCACCGACAAAGUUAUUAACAACUACAAGAUCUUCCACAAAUAUAAAAGUUACUUCUGAAAAACAAGAUGAAGGGAUGACAUCAAAGGCAGAAGCCAUCAAUGUCAAUGAUAAUGACUUAGCAAGAAGACGAAAACACAAUCAAAGCUUAAAGAAACGCUUACUUCGUCUAUUAGAAAGAAGAUAUUUGAACCUACAGCAGGAAUCAGAAGAAGAAGUAUUAAGAAAUAUAUCUGAAAACAACAAUGAAAACUAACUGAACAGAAGCAAGGAUAGUACUAUAUUAUAAUACACUACGGAAGGAUACAAAUUGAUAAACCUAUAACAAUAUUUCUUUUGAGAAAACAGUAAUUGAUCAACCUAUAACAAUAUUUCUCUUGAGAAAACAGUAAUUGAUCAACCUAUAACAAUAUUUCUCUUGGGAAAACAGAAAUUGAUCAACCUAUAACAAUAUUUCUCUUGGGAAAACAGUAAUUGAUCAACCUAUAACAAUAUUUCUCUUGGGAAAACAGUAAUUGAUCAACCUAUAACAAUAUUUCUCUUGGGAAAACAGAAAUUGAACAUUGGUGAUCUUAAAUUUUGAAAUACGGAUCGAAGUGUUUUUCUUUUAAAAGCUAUUUAUUUCAGGUUUGUAAUUGGUUAAUAUGAAUGUCCAACGGUUUCACAUAUAUAUUUACUCAUAUUUAGAACAAAAACUGUGUUUGCAAAUCUGAAAAAUGAAGCAAAAGUCGUCUUUGUUUGAUGUUUAUCAGACAAAUACACAAUAAAUUACUAAAGGCUUUCAUGAAUAAAUAGAACACUCUUAAGUUUAUUCGAAAGUAUAAAACAAUUAAUGUCUAUAUUACACAGCUAGCAAAUUCACUUUAAAGACUAUCACUUCCGAUGAACUCCACUGUAGUCAAAACAUUUACAUUUAUUGAAUAGUAAAAUAACUGAAAUCAAAUUCUGAUACUAGUAUUAAAGACCAAACUUCAUUAAGAUUUUGACUUUUUAUUCUUUGUAUAUAUAUGUAUUUACUUGCGAAAUGUAUUCAAUUGGUAGAUUCUCGUAUACAUUUUCCCAAAAGAAAGUUGGGCUCAAAAAUGCAAAUAUUACAGGCAAACAUCGAUGAUUUUAUGACAAGCUAAAGAUGGUAAUUUAAAGGUUAAUUAAUAUAGUCGGUCUAAAAUUGCAAUGCGAAUAUUUAAGAUUUUAAGUAUAACUUUUUAAAAUUCAUACAAGGAACUGAAAGAUAUUUUAUGCUGGGUGAAAGUUUAUAGGACCAUAAAUAAAUUUGAUUCAAAAAGAUUCAAUGCGACAAUUUCAGUGUUUUGAUAUGAUUAAAAAUCCGUCCAAGUAACAGAAGAAAAAAAAUCAAAAUCAAAACUUAUGUUGAAAUGAUUUAUUUGCAAAAUUAUUGGACCUUACAGAUAUUUUCUACAGCUAUUCAUUUCCGACCACAGUUCUUAUCUUUGAUUAUGAUCAAUGGAGUGAUACUUUUCAUCUCUAGUUUUACAAAACAAUAAAGAGACUUAAUUUUAUAGGGUUAGAUUGGACAAAGUCCAAAACCAGCAUUAUAGAAUUGUAAUAUCGGACGUCGGAGCAUCGGCGGAUCUGGGCGGGCGGAAAAAAAUGAGUACCAAUUUUGUGACACAUUACCUAUACAGUAGAAUGAUUGCACAUCACUGGCUUUUUGUACUUGACUUAAAUUGUUGGUACUGUUAAACUGUAUUUAAAAAUUAAAGUAUUUUUAUUGA